AUGAAGAAUUUAAAGGGAGUCAUCUCUGCCAGAUUUGCAUUUUUUAUACUUUCAUCGGCUUCUCUGUUUUUCUUCUUUUUUGCGUAUGACAGUCCCUCGCCGAUGUAUACGGGGUUAGAGGAGAUAUUUGGACCGGGAUAUGCCAGGUACCACAGUUUAUUAUACUCAGCGUAUGCCCUUCCCAAUCUGCUUCUACCACUGCUGUUUAAUCUAUCUGGGAAGCCGGAGCAGCAUACUUUACUGUAUACGUACUCACUCAUUGUGCUGGGGCAGACUGUGACGACCAUUGGUGUGGGCAUGAAGACAUUUGAGUGGAUCCUAGCGGGAAGGUUUAUUAUUGGACUGGGUGGAGAGAGUUUUACAAUUGUGCAGAGUAAAGUUCUUGCAUCUAUAUUCCAUACGCACGAACACGGCCGCAUAUUCGGCAUAAACCUAGCAAUAGGCCGGCUUGGAUCUAUUCUAGUAUACUUUUUAUUUGGGUCGGUUAUUGAGCAGUGGGGUAUAUUUAAGUGCUCUCUCUUCUCUACCGCAUUCAUUUGGAUUGGUGGCCUGCUAAUCUUCUACAUAUAUAAAACAUGGGACUUAGAGUGGGAUACGUCUACAGAACUCUCUGGUGAUGAUGAAGUACACCACUUACUCCCAUUCUUUAUUCUGAUGGGGAUACUUCUGGCGUGCUCUGUAUCGAUAUUCUCCAGUAAUAACUCUGCAAUUCUACAGGUACGGCUUGGCAUUGAUUCAAGGCGGGCCACUAAAAUGCUUGCCCUACAGGAACUGGUCACUUUAGUAUCUGCGAUAGCCAUAAGCAUAAUAACGGACAAGUGCGGUCAUAGACUUACGUCUAUAUGCCUGGGGUGUAUUUUUCUUAUAUCCGGGCACAGUUUGAUAUUCUUCUCUGUAUCUGUGUACUAUAUCCCUGCAGUACUCCUGGGAAUUGCUGCAGGAUUACAGGCCUGUCACUGGCCGUGUUUUCCCCUGCUCCUGUCCCCGAAUAAGUUGGGUAUAGGUCUGUCCCUGCUCUCGUGUUUUAUUAACAUGGCGUAUACCGUAUGCCCACCUGUAAUUAGUAAAUUAACGGACAGGCAGUUCAAAACAUCUGAGUACUGCAGUAUUCUGUUCGCAGGAUUUGCUGGUCUUAUCUCCAUAUACAUCAUCCUAAAGAAUACUGCAAUGGGCUACGGCCUGAAUGGGACAAAGCACUACAUAACGAAUAAGACAAGGAGACUUAGUAGUGCGGUAUAA